GUUUGAAGGAUGACCUCUAGGAAGAAAGUGUUGCUGAAGGUUAUCAUCCUGGGAGAUUCUGGAGUUGGUAAGACAUCACUCAUGAACCAGUAUGUGAACAAGAAAUUCAGUAAUCAGUACAAAGCUACAAUAGGAGCAGACUUUCUGACAAAGGAGGUGAUGGUGGAUGACAGACUAGUUACAAUGCAGAUCUGGGACACAGCAGGCCAGGAACGGUUCCAGUCCCUUGGUGUGGCCUUCUACAGAGGUGCAGACUGCUGCGUUCUGGUAUUUGACGUUACUGCCCCCAACACAUUCAAAACCCUCGAUAGCUGGAGAGAUGAGUUUCUCAUCCAGGCCAGUCCCCGGGAUCCUGAAAACUUCCCUUUCGUUGUGUUGGGAAACAAGAUUGACCUCGAAAACAGACAAGUGGCCACAAAGCGGGCACAGGCCUGGUGCUACAGCAAAAACAACAUUCCCUACUUCGAGACCAGUGCCAAGGAGGCCAUCAAUGUGGAGCAGGCGUUCCAGACGAUUGCAAGGAAUGCACUUAAACAGGAAACAGAGGUGGAGCUGUACAAUGAAUUCCCUGAACCCAUCAAACUGGACAAGAACGACCGGGCCAAGACCUCAGCGGAAAGCUGCAGUUGCUGAAGGGGCAGUGAGAGCAGAGCACAGAGUCCUUCACAAACAAAGAACACACUUAGGCCUUCCAACACGAGCCCCCUCUCCUCUUCCAAACAAAACAUAAAGUCAUCUCUCGAAUCCAGCUGCCAAAAGACCCUACCAAACACAUUCACCCUGACACACACAUACACACAC